CGAAUUUUCCAGGCCUAGGUUCCCGUAGGAUAGUUCCUGCAGUCACUGCGGACUCCUUGAGUUGUGUGGUGCUCCUGGGCCGCUCAUUUACUAUCGUUUAACCUAGUCUUUUACAAACCUUCCAAAAAUGUCCGACGAAGAAGACGUUUACUCUGAAGAAGAGGAGGAAAUCAUCGAAACAAAGACCACCGUUACCAAAGUAGUAAGCCAAGAAGAGGAACAAGCUGGUGAUCCGGAGUUUAUUAAACGCCAAGACCAGAAGAGAUCUGAUUUGGACGAGCAGCUGAGAGAGUACAUCGCGGAAUGGCGCAAACAACGUGCCAAGGAAGAGGAAGACCUCAAGAAAUUGAAGGAGAAACAAGCCAAGCGCAAGGUGACUCGUGCCGAAGAAGAGAAAAAAAUGGCUGAGCGUAAGAAGCAGGAAGAAGAACGUCGUGUUCGUGAAAUUGAAGAGAAGAAACAACGCGAUAUUGAGGAGAAGAGGCAACGUUUGGAGGAAGCCGAAAAGAAACGCCAAGCGAUGAUGCAAGCGUUGAAAGACCAAACUAAAUCUAAAGGACCCAACUUUACCAUCACCAAAAGAGAUCCUGGAUCUAAUCUUUCGGCGGCUCAAUUGGAAAGAAACAAAACUAAGGAGCAAUUGGAAGAAGAGAAAAAGAUCUCUUUGUCCAUUCGUAUUAAGCCGUUGAAAUUGGACGGACUUGGAAUUGAGCAGUUGCGCCAAAAAGCCACUGAAUUAUGGGAUUGCAUCGUUAAAUUGGAAACGGAAAAAUACGAUUUGGAAGAAAGGCAAAAACGUCAAGAUUACGAUCUUAAAGAAUUGAAAGAAAGACAGAAACAACAAUUGAGACACAAAGCUUUGAAGAAAGGUCUCGACCCAGAAGCUUUAACCGGAAAAUACCCGCCCAAGAUUCAAGUUGCCUCUAAAUAUGAACGUCGCGUUGAUACACGGUCAUACGAUGAUAAAAAGAAGCUUUUUGAAGGUGGAUUUGAUCAUUUAUCAUUGGAAAUGAAUGAAAAACACUGGAGGGAGAAACAACAAGAAUUCGAAAGUAGAUCGAGGUCAAGACUUCCGAAAUGGUUUGGUGAAAGACCCGGUAAAAAAGCUGGUGACCCAGAAACACCUGAAGGUGAAGAAGAAGGUAAACAGGCUGUUGAUGAAGAUGAAGACAUCAAGGAACCUGUAAUCGAACCCGAACCAGAAGAGGAAGAGGAAGAAGAGGAAGUUGAAGUAGAUGAGGAGGAAGACGAUGAAGAAGAAGAGGAGGAAGAAGAGGAAGAGGAGGAGGAGGAAGAAGAGGAAUAAAAAGAAAUAUUUUUUUUAACGGAUUAAAAAAGGUGUAAGAAUAAAAAAGUUAUAUAUUUACAUGAGAUGAGAUAAUUAUUUUGAAGGCCAAAGUUAUUUAAUAAAAGCUACAAAGUAAUAUAUUUAAAACAGUUUUGUUCUCUAUUUUUUUUUUCUUCCACUCGUUGUCUAUUUCGCGUAAAUUGUAACGAUAAUAUUAUUAUUAUUAUAAAAUAAAGUUGUAUUUGUAAUUCAUGAAACAA